AUGGAAGCAGGUCAGGGCUACCUGCCUUGUGAUGAGAAGCUCCCCGCGAAGCGGGUGCUGGUGAUGCUGCACACAGCUGGGGCUGGUCUGCUGGUGGCCUCGAGAAAGCUUAUCGAGGAGAACACAACAGAAGGAGCUCAGGCCAUGCGAGGCCCAAUCUUCCAACUGACCGUGGAAGCUGAAGGCUUCGUCACGGCUGCUGAGCAGGGCAGCGCUGAGGCGUGGCUGACCAGUUGCUUGAACUUCAUCGCGAAGCAGCCCGGUGUUGCUCACCUUCAAAGGGGUAUUUUGCCCAGGCACGUCGAAGACGAGAGCGAUAGAACGCAGCAGCUGGCAUAUGUCAUCUUCACAUCAGGUUCAACUGGACAGCCGAAAGGGGUUGCUGUCUCCCACCGAUCCAUUGUUCAUUUGAUUGAAUGGGUAAACACGGUCUAUGAUAUCAAGGAGUCAGACGUGCUGCUGUUUGUGACAUCCAUCGGCUUUGACCUGUCCUGCUACGAUAUGUUUGGGACCCUGGCAGCCGGCGGCAGGAUACUUCUCGGAGCUUCCUCCCCGACUGAGCUGCGGCGGCAACUGCCAAGGGCAAGCUUCUGGGACUCAGCACCUGCAGUGCUCCAGCUCCUGGAGCGUGUGGAAGACUUUCGAGACAUCCGCACGGUUUUUCUCAGUGGCGACUGGGUACCCCUGGGGCUUGUUGGGGCCUUGCGCUCUGCCACUGCUGCCCGAAUCGUAGCGCUGGGUGGGGCUACAGAGGCCACAGUCUGGUCCAACUUCUUCGAUGUGGUUGAAGUGGAUCCCAAGUGGCGCUCCGUGCCCUACGGCAGUCCUAUCUGGAAUCACCAGUAUUAUGUCUUGGACGAGAGUGGCCGCUCGGCGGCCGUAGCUUUGCCAGGCAUGGCCGGGCAGCUGUACAUCGCAGGCGAAGGCGUGGCCCUGGGAUACAUCGGCCAGCCGCAGCUCACAGCGGAAAGCUUUCGGGAUGCUGGAUGUCUUCAGUUCGGUGGGGCCUUUCAGACGUCCAGGGCCUACCGGACUGGUGACUUGGUGCGCUUUGUGCCCCGGAGCUUCGGCGGCUUCCGCGGCCUCGGCGGCGAGCUGGUCGCCUCGGAGCUGGUGUUGGAGUUCCUUGGUCGGGCAGACUUUCAGGUGAAGCUGCGGGGUCACCGGGUGGAGCUGGGCGAGAUUGAGCAGGCUUGCUGCCAAGCCAAGCUGGCCACUCCCGUGGCUGCAGCCGUCGUCCUGGCGGUUUCCCAGCAAACUUCGGAACGGAGGCUGGUGGCUUUCGUUGUGCCCCAGUCCGUCGACCUGGUCGCAUUGCGCGAAACCCUCAGACAACACCUGCCAUCCUACAUGGUGCCUGAUACGAUUGUCACUCGUUCACAGAUGCCGCUGACAUCUAGUGGCAAGAUAGAUCGCGACCUCCUGGCGAAAUCCUUGGAAGCCGCUGCUCCAAGAAGACACCACGCAGAUCGUCGCCAACCUGCCACAGACAUGGAGCGACAUGUUCUGGUCUGCUUCAAAGAAGCUCUGGGAAUGCCAAGCUCCGCUGACCUGGGUGUAGACGACGACUUUUUUGAGCUCGGCGGCCAGUCGAUGGCCGCAAUGCGCCUGCAGGGGCGGCUGCAGCUGUCUCUGCAGGAUAUCUUUACGCUUCGGACUGCGGCGAGGAUCGCAGAGAAAGUCGAUGGCGAGGGCGUUCCGAUAGCGUCAGAGGAUGCUCGUCAGCUGCAGGUGGAGGAUUCGGCCAGCUUCCCGGCUGACUUAAGUUGCGAGGCUCCUGCAUCUUUCGGGCAAGAGCGCUUCUGGCUGCUGGAACGCUUGCAGCCCGGGACCGGGACUUACGGGAUCCAGUUCGCGUAUCGCUUGGAGGGCCCAGGCCUGAACAUCCAACGACUGGCCCUGGCUUUGGAGCAGCUCACCUGCCGCCACACGCCCCUGCGGACGGUGCUCCUCGAAGACGCCCAAAGAGGCCUCUUGCAGAGGAUUUGCCCUCCGACCGACCUGGCCGCGGAACACUUGGAAAAGCCAGGGCAGUUGGCUCCCUGGCUCUGGCUGCACGACCUUCGUCAAUCUGUCGAUGCUGACAAACAGAUGCAG